CACUAAUAUCAAUAAUAAGGGAAUGUUCAUAUUUUCAACCCAAAAAAGAAGAGAAGCAAAUGGAUUUAUGAAUCUUCUGUACGGUUACAUUGCUGAAUGAAAAUAAUCAAUUCAUCCGUAGAAUUCCAGGAGAGCUUUUCUUUUUAUUGACAAGUGAAAAAAGGAGAGUUUGGGAGAUGGCGAUCAGAUUCAUCUUGUUGGUGAAUAAGCAGGGCCAAACUAGACUUGCCCAAUACUACGAAUACCUCACACUGGACGAAAGGCGAGCUUUAGAGGGAGAAAUUGUUAGGAAAUGUCUUGCGCGCUCUGAAAAUCAGUGUUCAUUUGUGGAACAUCGCAACUACAAAGUGAUUUACAGACGAUAUGCAUCAUUGUUCUUCCUGGUUGGAGUUGACGAAGAUGAGAACGAGCUAGCAAUUUUGGAAUUUAUCCAUUUAGUAGUGGAGACAAUGGAUCGUCACUUCGGAAAUGUGUGUGAGCUUGAUAUAAUGUUUCAUUUGGAGAAAGCUCACUUUAUGCUAGAAGAGAUGGUUAUGAAUGGAUGUAUUGUGGAAACAAAUAAACAAAAUAUUCUGACACCAAUUCAGCUAUCGGAUAAAGCUUCAUAGAGGUUUGAAGGAAAGGAAGCCCAUGCUAGAAUUUGUAUACGAAGAAUUUAACAGGGACACUGAGCAUUAAUGGCUGGCAUCCACGACUUUAACAGAUGAAGGCCUUGUCCUGAUUGGAGAGAUCAGAUGGUUCCUGCACUGUAAUUUAAACUUAAAAUGCAAAUUCAGGUUAUAGGAUUUAAAAACUACACUUUUUUUCUGAGGUUAUAUUUCAUAUUGGCUUAUUCUUAGUACACAACCAUACGGUCCUCAGAUUAUGGUUACACUGUUUGCAUUAACCAAUUUUUCUGCUAAUUUUGGAUAAGAAGGCAAGAACUAUACAAUCUCUGUAUGUGUAGUAUUUCUUAUUUCCGAGUUUUAUUGCAGGAAUGUGAUUGUAGCAAAAUGCCUACAUUUUUGUGGGAAAUUCAAAUGUAGUAAUUGAAGUUAUUGUCUCCA